AUGCGAUGUCCGCGGGUGAGCCGGGUUCUUUUUCUGCUACAUUCUGUUUUGUUUUUGUCUGCCAGCCAUGUCGAGUUCUCGCUGCCUGGCAGCCUCCUCUCUCCAGACGAAGAACAAGGUCAGUGUGUCUCAGUUGUUACGACUAGCCUAAGCUAUAAUAACUGCAACAAUGUUGCGAUUUUAUUGUUGCAAUUUCACUUGCAUGCAUAGAUUCAAUGCAACAGCACACAUCGUAGUUAGUCAUUGCAAGGUUAGUGCAUGAAUCUGUGCAUAAUUUUAGCCAAGUGGCAGGUUGAUCAAUGAAUCUAUCAUUUGAUAAUUGAUUAACUGAUUGAUCUGGAAAUUAUAUUGUAGGUGUUGGAUCAUUUCACUGUAGUGGUUAUUCUUAUCCAACUGGCCUAAUGUUAUUACUUUUCCAUGUUAUCCUCAGGUCGCUUUCUCCAGUCCCAGUCGGAUGUGUCCAUGGUCCAUCCAGUCAAAGUUGACAGAGAUGGACAGUUUCUCUCCCACUCUCUGGCACACCGCCUUGAGCGCGUGCGGCACAAGCGAGACUUGGGGGCUUUGGAGGGACGCGUUUAUUAUAAGGUGAACUACAAGGGCCGCGAUUUGGUUUUCAAUCUAACAGUCAACAACUAUUUGGUGUCGAACGAAUAUAUUCUAGAGCGGCGAAACGGGAGUCUGAACCGGACUGAGCACCGUACCACUGGGGUGAACGCCUGCCACCUGAUCGGCACAGUGACUGAUCCUACUAAUGCGCGCGGGACAGCCGCCAUCAGCACCUGUGAAGGCUUG